AUGGAUCCUUUCAGCAAAAAUCAGUCGAACCUCCCGUCAUAUGAACACCGAUUGGCCAGUGAAUCUCGCGUUGCCAGAAUAAACGAACUGUACAAUAAAAGUCAGAAACACAACAUACAUAGAGACUCAAUCAUAUCUGAUGCAUCUACAUCAGUUCCUGAUAUCCACAAUGGUAUCUACACGGAGGACAAUUGCCAACCACUGAUAAAUUUACCCCACAAUAAAGCUCCAGAUUUACCACUGCCGGUGCAGCAAGAGACAGUUACGAUCAAGCCAGAGGUGAUAUCAAACCCGUUCCGGCCUAGAUUGACAGAGGUUAGACCUCGUUCAAAAGAUGAAAUGGAGAAAGAGUUGCAGUUCACGCCAAAACUACGAUCUAGAAGAAGCAUUAUCUCAUCGAGAACACCUAGCCAUGGUUCUCCCCCUUCAGUUGACGACAAUCACAAAUCCAGAAUUAAGCCUCGCGUUCUUUGGACUUAUAAUGAACCACGAACUAUAAUUAAGAAAAGAGGUUUCUCUGACCGAAGGCGAGAAUCUUACAAAGGACUGAAAGAGAGACUUGGUAAGCCGCUUCCUCUGGGGUACUUGAGCCCAGAGGAUCAAAAUGGCGAGGAGCGGGGCACGCAGUCCCAGAAGAAAGAUUUGGAGUCGCGAUGGAGGCGUAUAUUGUCGAGCAGAGAAGCUGAAACUAGUCAUAAGUCGAACACUUCAUGGCAAAAGUCGAGAUCCCCGUCGGAAGAUGGCAGUGUCAGAUUGCAUAAGUCUGAUUCGGGGUCUUCCCUGCAGGAUUUUCCAGAUGAAGCAUAUUCUCUGGAGGAGCAUGAAGGCCAAAUUCUGACGAUACAUGAGAGCAUAAGAACAAACACUGAAAAAUUGGAUCAAAUAAUUGCUCUCUUGGACGAUCACAAAAAAACUGAUAGCAAGCGUGAGAUCACAGCUUGGAUCAUUUGUAUUAUAAUUCUCGUUGGACUCAAUCUAUACAUGGUUGAUUUGUAG